GUUUUUAUAUAAAUACGAGUUGAUUGUGUUAUGUGUUAUCAUUGAAUAAAAUUGCUUUAAAAUGAAGUCGAUUUUGAUGUUGUUGGUUGUAGUUUGCGUUGCAUCAGCUGCAACUCAUCACCGUAACAAAAAACAUCAUUUUAAACGAGAUGGUGGUUCUUAUGAUACUUGUGUAAUUGGAGAUGGUUGUUAUGAGGGAUGUACUAUAUCAUAUCCAAGUUGCCCCAACCCAAACAACAAAAGAUCCAAUGAUGACUCAGGUUAUUACAAUUAUUGUGAUUGUGAAUGUGACGACACCACUCAAAACUCAUAUCAAGACGACACAACAACAACUCCAAUUCCUGAUGAUGUCACGGUGAAACGUGCGAAACACCACCCCGCUAAAAAACACCACCACGCCAAAAAACACAAUCAACACGAAACCAAAAUUCACAAUUAAUUACAAUUUUUAACGUUGUUAAGAAAAACCCAACGAAAUAAUGAAAUAAAAUAAAUCUUAACAACAAA